AUGUGUUUACGUUCCACAGGAGCUGAAAUAUUACGUCGUAUGAAUGAUUUGGAACAGUCACUAGAAGCUUCAAUCGCCAACACAACUGUCAACACAACAACAACAACAACUACUACUUCAAGCCGUUCGAUGCUAACAGCUAGAGCUAUAUCAUCUCAAUCACCACAGAUAUUGCGAUUGACCUCAAGUUCAGAUAACAAGAAAUCAUCACAAAAUCGUUUCAUUUCACGUUCAGUGCAGAAUUUUCAUUCGCUAACGCCGAAAAAUCGACCAAGUAAUGGACACGCACUAUGCCCUACCGAUGAAAAUGGCAAUCAAACGUUAUCAAAUGGAAUCACUUUAUUUAAUGAUAAAAAC